UGGUUUAUCAUGUUUAAAUGUCCAAGUAUACACACGGGGCCAGCUCCGCGAACCUGGUUUAAAGUUGGGUAUUUAAACUGGGACCUGGAGCCGGAGCUCUCCAGGGUUGCUACGGCGGUGCCACCCAUCAAGGGUAGGAGGGGCCGAGCCAAGAAGAUCGAUGCUGCGCGGUAGUUGAAAAUCAAUAUUAUGAAGAGAACGGAGGGGAAACUAAAGCUUCUCAGGCGGGGGGAAGGGAAAGCAAGAAAGCAGUCCUUGCUGGGACACAGUAGUGUGUCAGCUGCAUAGCAGAGAGUGUAGGGUGAGGGCAGAAAUGUAUUGAUUUUUCACAAACCUCUCAGUAAAACUGAAUAUGCAGAAUGAAAUUCAGAUCCUGGCCCAGGUUACUUGAUAUCUCAGCUUUUUAACAGUGAGAACAUUUCUAGUUUGAUUCAAACCAAGAGAGGAAGUGUUUUUAUUCAAAUGUAAUCAUUGAUUUUAUCAUGUUAUCUGCAGAGAAAGUCCAGGAUCCCUCAGGACGGAGCAGGUUGUCAAAAUUGAACCUUGUAACUUCAGGUACUAGUCCGAGCUGCAGCUCACGCAAGUGAUUAAAGAAUAUGACUGAGUGCGUUAUAGAAGAGCAAUUUAUCUGUAGAUAUUGUGACAAACCUCUGUAUUCUCCUAGAUCUCUGCAAUUACAUGAGGAUAAACACACAGAAAACUUAAAGUUUCAGUGCACUUAUUGUGAUAAAACUUUUCCAAAUCUAAACUCUCUCACCCGACAUGAGCAAACCCAUUCUGGGGAUAAGGACUACCUCUGCCCCUUUUGUGAGCUAGGGUUUAAUGAGAAGAAUAGUCUUGUGAAUCAUAUUACCAAAAUGCAUUCUAUACAUCUUAAUACAAGUGAUCUUCAGACAGAGGAGAGGAAACCCUUUCUCUCCAACCUUGAAACUAUAAAAUCUAGUCAGAAACCGAUUCAAACUCAACAAAUAAGAAACUUCCCUGUGACCAGUAGCAAGAGUGAGAACUAUGUCUCCACUACGACCAGGGCCGAGGGGUCCAAAGAGGCGAGGUUCCAGUGCGGAUACUGCGAGAAGAGCUUUGCAACCCCGAGCAAGGUUAAAAGACACAUCCUAACACACACCGGGGAGAAGCCCUUCGUGUGCCAAUUUUGCCAACGUGGGUUCAGCCAGAAAGUUCACAUGAUGGAACAUAUUUCCAAACAUCAUGCUGAUGAAAGCUUGAAAGCUCAGCAGGAAGCUGCAGCGGCUGCUGCAGCUGCUGCUGCAGUUGCUCAGGCAGCAGCUCCAGCUCCUCUCAUCAAAACUUUGCCCAGUAAUAAAAUUUAUGCAACACAAACUAUUACAACCUCACCGUUAAUAAAUUCUAGUCAAUCUCAGCUUCGGCUUCCCUCUAGUCAAACCAUUACAACUGCUCAAGUAGUUGCUGAUACUACUGCAGUGCAAAUCCCAAUACCUGGAAACUCUUAUAUUGUUGCUGAAUUCUCUCUCAAACCUGACUCAGAUUUGUCUGAUCAAGAUCAGGUUGAUACUACUGAUUGCCAUGACAAGGGGGAGAUAAUGGCAAUCCCAAUGAGUCAGCAUAACCUGGAGUUUGGCUCCUUAACCAAGCCUGGAGAAGGACCCUUUCUCAGCUCAGCCACAAGCUAUCAGACAAUUUCUCAGUCUAAUGAAAGACCCUUUGUAUGUCCCCACUGUAGCGCAGACUUUAUUAGGCAGUCCAACCUUAGUGUACACAUGAUGAAGGUACAUGGAGAAGCUGUAGAGGUUCGAACCCAUCAGUGUACAUAUUGUGACAAAAAAUUUAAAUACCCCAAUAAGAAACGUCUCCACGAGAUGACACACACUGGUGAGAAGCCAAAUGUUUGUCAGUUUUGUACAAUGGGAUUCUUCAAGAAGUCCCGGCUCCGGGCUCACCUGACCAAGGUCCAUGGGAUACCAGAGGACGAAGUGAGCAACCCUAACAGCAGCUACCUGCAGAACCCAACCAGCACCACCCAGACCAUCAUACAGAAGACUGUAACAAUAAAUAACAGUUCUGGAGAACACUUCUGCCAGUAUUGCCAAAAACCGUUCAACAACCGGACAGAUCUCCUGAUUCAUGAGCGCCAAGAGGCCAUGGAGUUUGAACAGCUUCAUGAGAUGUUUGAGGACAGUGAGUUUACUGGUUUAGAGGUCAACGGUCAGACAGAUAUAAUCCAGAACGCUCUGCUCACAGCAGGGAUAGAGAACGGUCUGGGAUCACCUAGUGUCACAGAUUCAGACUCAGUUGUAACUAUCUCUGAAGCAGACAUUGAUUCCUUCUCCAUAGGUUUCAUCCCGGAUGCCAACUGGAGCAACGAAGUGAGCACAAACUGUACAUCCUCCAAUAACUCUGGUGACCCCUUCUCCUCCUCUCUCCAACCCUUGGACCUCAAGUUCAGUCAUACUGAUGAUCAUACACAAAGCAUUCAGACAUCUUCUCAUGCAGAUCUACAAGCAAUAUCUGGCACCAUUUACACCUCAUCAGAUUCUUUUCAGAAUAUAAAAACAGAAGCACCAUCUCUAGGAGAGAUAAACCAGAUGUGGGAGACAACCGUUGCUCUUUCAGGGGUUCCAACAACACUGAACUCAAUAAUUAAGUCUGAACCUCUUCUAUCCUCUACCCAGGGUGAGAUAUUCACCACUUCUACGUCAACCCUGAACGGAAUCUACACAGAGACCUUCACCAUCCCUUCAGGAGGGUUGACCCAGGAGCAGCUCAACGCAUCCAUCAUCAGUAUUGCUGGUGGCUCAGCUCAGAUCAUCAACGGAGCUGAUAUUGACUUCAGUAAGCUGCAGGCCGGGAGCUUCACAGUCUCAGCUCAGCAGCUUAUUGAUGCUGACUCACUUACCACAAACUUUCAUCCUAGUCUCAAAUCUCAAAUUCAGUGGGUUGAUGAUGCAAGCCUGCCUGCAGGCUGGAAAACAAGGCAGCAUUACCGUGAAGGUCAACUGAGUAAGGUUGACACCUACUACAUGGCUCCUGACGGAGCACAGUUUAGAUCCAAGUGGAAGGUGGUGGAGUACAUGGAGGCUUCAGGUUCCUAUUGCCAGGAGGAGAUCGACUGGGUGAAGAGCUCGAUCACAACCGCUAAACCUGACUCCAGUGUCACAGUGAUCAAGGAGCGCUCGGAUAAGUUAAAGAGGGAGUGGAAGGACGACGAUCCAACCGUACCGGUGGACUGGAAGGUGGCGUGGACGACCACCAGCGACAACAGGGCCAAGAUUGCGUUUAUGUCCCCAGAUAAGAAAAUAUUUCACUCUAGGAAGAGUGCACUACAGCACAUGCUAGCUGCUGGUACCUACUCCCAGCUGGAUAUUGAGAAGAUGACCAAGGGACUCAAUGUACUUCUAAAUGUUGGAGACGAAUGGAAAGAAGAUAUUAAUUCUGUUAGAUCUCAGUUCGAAAUAAAAAGAAUCCAUUACGAGUUCCUCUCCCCCCAGAACGAGUUCUUCAAGUCCCGUAAGGCCGUGGUGGAGCACAUGACGAACGACGGGAACUACACACAGGACCAGAUCGAGAUGGUUCGGCUCCAGACGACACCGCAGACGGACAAGAACGGGAAGAAAAAGCCUGCGGUGCCCAUGCGUCAAGACAACUCCCCCUGUAACCCGCUGAUCGGAUGGAAGGCGGGGAACACAACCCUCCCGCCGGGAUGGAAGAUCAAGCGACAUGAGUAUGCGAACCAGACGGUCUACUUCUACAUGUCUCCGAAGGGCGACAUCAUCAAGUCCCGACGUGGUGUGAUUGAUUAUAUGUUUGAUGACGGAGGUUAUGAGGAGAAGGAUUUUAAUAUUGUGAUAAGCGGAGCCAAACAGAGAAAGGUCGCACUUCAAGAACUUUACGAGAACAAAACUUGCAAGAAGAGGAAGAAGAAGAAAGGAAAGACCAUGCCCGAGGAUCCGGACCUACUGGAGCUCGAUAUUGCAGACUCAGACGACAACAUGGACGCUGAGACAGAGGAUCUGAAAAAAUCACCAAAGAAACCAAAAAUCGACAAGGAAUUGAUCCAGCCGACAAGGCGCUCAGGAAGAGUUGCCUCGAAGAUCAAGGAGCGACGAAAACACGAAUCAGAGGAUGAGGAAGAUGACGAGGAUGUGGAGGACGGAAAGAGGAAGGCCGAGGAUGAGUUGGAGGAGAGGUUGAAGCGAGCCCGGUUAUCUCCCAGCCUCAACAUGCCUGAGGACUGUCUCGACAUAAAGCAGGAAGAGGACAUCAAGUCUGAAGUGCUAGAGCUGGACAUUCAAUACGAUCUUGACAUCAAGUCUGAAAAUGCCAAAGAUAUAGAAGUUAACGAAUAA